CAUCCUUCCUUUCUUGAACAGUGAAUCUCUUGUUCUGAAACUUGAGAGUUUUACUUUUGUGCAGUUUAGACAUAGAAAUGGAUGGGGCUAAACCGAUGGGAAUUAGAAAUGUGAGCUCAAUUUGCUCACUUACCGAAUUGGAUGAUCAUGAUCUCUCACGCCUCCUUGAAAAGCCAAGGCUUAUCAAUAACAUAGAUAGGCAAAGAUCAUUUGAUGAAAGGUCACUCAGUGAGCUCCCCAUGCUUCGAGUAAGAGGGAGUUAUGACAAUUUUGACAGCAUGCCCUCACCCGGUGUGAGGUCGGGUAUCGAUACUCCGGCUUCUUGGGACGGAAACUCAUUAGAUCCACACCCCAUCGUGGCUGAAGCAUGGAAGGCUCUCAGGAGGUCUUUGGUGUAUUUCAGAGGCCAACCAGUCGGUACCAUUGCCGCCUACGAUCAUGCAUCAGAGGAAGUAUUGAACUACGAUCAGGUUUUUGUUAGAGAUUUUGUACCCAGUGCUUUGGCUUUUCUGAUGAACGGAGAGCCUGAGAUAGUUAAGAACUUCCUCUUGAAGACACUACAACUUCAAGGGUGGGAGAAAAAAAUAGAUAGAUUCAAGCUAGGAGAAGGUGUAAUGCCAGCUAGCUUCAAAGUUCUUCUUGACCCUGUACGUAAACUGGACACGCUCGUCGCAGACUUUGGGGAGAGCGCCAUUGGAAGAGUUUCCCCUGUUGACUCUGGAUUCUGGUGGAUCAUUCUGCUCCGUGCAUAUACAAAAUCGACCGGGGAUUUGUCUCUAGCUGAGAGACCCGAGUGUCAGAAAGGGAUAAGGCUUAUACUUAUGCUGUGUCUGGCAGAAGGAUUUGAUACAUUUCCUACACUUCUCUGUGCUGAUGGAUGCUGUAUGAUCGAUCGGAGAAUGGAUGUUUAUGGUUAUCCUAUUGAAAUUCAAGCCCUUUUCUAUAUGGCUUUGCGCUGUGCAUCGAUGAUGCUGAAGCAAGACAGCGAGGGAAAAGAGUGCAUCGAAAGAAUCGAGAAGCGUUUGCAUGCCUUGAGUUUUCACAUGCGCAAUUACUAUUGGCUCGAUUUUCAACAACUAAAUGAUAUUUACAGAUACAAAACUGAGGAGUAUUCUCACACAGCAGUGAAUAAGUUCAACGUCAUUCCUGAUUCCAUCCCUGACUGGAUAUUUGACUUCAUGCCGAUGCGCGGUGGAUACUUCAUCGGGAAUGUUAGUCCUACAAGGAUGGAUUUCCGAUGGUUUUGUUUAGGCAACUGUAUGGCGAUUCUAUCUUCUCUUGCAACUCCAGAGCAAUCAAUGGCUAUCAUGGAUCUUAUUGAAUCCCGGUGGGAUGAGCUUGUUGGAGAAAUGCCUUUGAAAAUAACUUAUCCUGCAAUAGAAAGUCAUGAAUGGCGAAUUGUCACCGGUUGUGACCCUAAGAACACGAGAUGGAGUUAUCACAACGGAGGAUCUUGGCCAGUGCUUCUGUGGCUGCUAACUGCUGCUUGCAUCAAAACCGGAAGGCCGCAAAUGGCAAGACAUGCGAUUGAUCUUGCGGAGACACGUUUGUUGAGAGACGGCUUUCCGGAAUACUACGACGGAAAACUGGGGAGGUUCAUAGGGAAACAAGCAAGGAAGUAUCAGACAUGGUCGAUAGGUGGAUAUUUAGUGGCGAAAAUGAUGCUAGAGGAUCCAUCACACUUGGGGAUGAUAUCUUUGGAAGAGGACAAACAGCGGAAGACGUUGAUGAAGAGAUCAUCUUCCUGGAAUUGCUAACCAUGAUUGGGUUGGGACUAGGGA